AUGGGAGACGUGCCUGUGGAUGCCGCUGCACUUGAUGCGCACUUGUCCUUUUGCAUCAGAUCGAGUCACCAGUCGUCUUUCAGACCUACGUGGGAGACAGUCGGAGAGCCCACGAACUUAGUUUUUCGUCUCCCUGCUGCAAGGGGACCGUUGCCGCUGAUAGCAGUACCUCGAGCUGAAGCGGCAUCUUCCGGGUCCGGCAGUCAGGCCAAGAGACCGGGUGUUUCGGGAGACUCUCCAUUGAAGAUGGCUAAACAUUGGCACGGGAUUUCGUGGGAGUACAAGCUGGAACGAGAGCUGGUCGCGGGUAUCAGGAAGUGGGGUGUGAUUAUUAUGCACUCCCCUCUGAGCUUUGGUAUUGGCCGGCGUCUUCGGGGUGAGCAAAGACUUGAACCACUCAUCUUGGAAAGCCUCGGUCACAUUUUUGCUGGGAAGGCAGCUGGUACUCUGCAUCAGAGGGCUGGUCCGAUGCUUAGGUAUAUCCGCUGGAGUGUUCAGGCCGACGUGGACCCUUUCCCACUUGAGGAGGGGCAGGUAUACGAGUUUUGCAAGAGUUGCGAGUUUUCUUCUGCUCCGACUUUCUUGAGGAGCUUCAUUGUAUCCAUAUCUUUCGCUGUGCACGUCCUCGGUGUCACAGGUGGAGCCGAUUGCUUGAUCAGCGGUCGGGUGAUUGGCAUAGCGAGGCUCACCUACCUUGCAAAACGCAAGAAGACUCGGAGGCCGCCACUCACGGUGGCUAUGGUAGCUUUCUUGGAGAACCUUGUUUGCGAUCCGACUGCCAGGGCAAUUGAUCGAAUCUGCGCGGGUUUCUUUCUUUGCUUGGUGUUCAUGCGAGCCCGUUUUUCAGACGGGAUGAACCUUGGAAACUUGCAGUUGGACACUCCGAGUGGUCUAGCCACUGAGGUGGCUGGAUACUUGGAAGGAGAGGUGCUUCGAUCAAAGACGUCUUUCACGACCGAGAGAAAGACGAUGCUUUUGCCCAUGGUCUGCCCACGCUUAGGUGUCACAGGACUCGAUUGGGCAGGAGUGUGGAUGAAGCUCCGGGAGGUUCACAAGAUGCCGACGGGCAGCGGUGUGCCGCUGCUCCCUGGUACAGGAGCUUCGGGAGAAUGGCUUCUCGUUCCACCGAGUGCCACUGUAGCUGCGUCUUGGCUGAAGGGCAUUUUGAGCAAAGGAGGUUUUGAUCAUGGGGCUCUCGCCAAAUUGGGCACUCAUUCGUGUAAGUGCACUACCCUCAGCUGGUGCGGUAAAUUUGGUAUCGAUCAAGCGGUGCGUCGUACCCUCGGAUACCACACCGACCGAGCUGCUGCGAUGGUCAUUCUUUACUCUCGUGAUGAGAUUUCGAGUGCUGUGCGAGCUCUGGAGAGAGUCCUUGUUGAAAUCAGGGAGGAUCGUUUCAGGCCUGAUGCCACUCGGAGCGGACAUUUUCCUCGUGAGGUGGCUGCGCCCUCAGCAGAGACAGAGGGUGAUCCUCCCGACUAUGAGUCCAACGGCGGAGUGAGUGAGUCGGAAGAUUCACAGGACGAAGAGGACAACGUUGGCGAUCUCGGAGCCGAGGAACGGGCUCUGGAGGAAAUUGGGGCCCCGUGGAGGCCACAGGGCGCUGCGAGUGAUCGCCGCAUGUUCCGGCACAAACUCUCGAGGAUCAUUCAUUUUGUGGCCGACGAGGCCGGUGCCACUUUUGCAUGUGGAACAAAGAUCUCUUCGAAUUACGUUGAGAUGGACAGUGGAGUUUCUUUCUUGCAUCCUUUGUGCAAGAAGUGCCACCCGGAUCGCUUGGAUCCGGGGCGAUUGGACCUUAGCGAGGGGCAAGACUUUGUGUUGACGUGCUUAACAGUGACUUGGGUCAUUAUGGAUCGCAAAGUCUUGUCUCGUUUGAGCGUCGAGGCUAUGGCAUGCAACAAAUACAGGGUGGAGGGUGUAGUCGUUGCAAUGUCGGUCACCGAUUCCACCGCAAAUUUCCGUGCGAGGGCCAUCGCGCUGGGGCUUGCUGAGGCUGUCCUGCAGAAGAUCAUCGACGGGGGUAUUGACACGUUGGCCAAGUUUGCUUUUUCGUCUUCUUACACCCCUGGUGCUCAGGAUGAAGGGCCUUUUCUUGAUUCCAUUUCAACUCUUCUGGGUAGGAGUGGUAGCGUGGGAGAAUUAUCAGUACUUCGACGCUUGUUCCAUGAAUCCUACUCGCUCACCUCGGCUGAGUUGAAGCAGUCAGUGGAGCGUGUUGAGGACGGGCCUGUCAAGAGAUUGGCUCAGCCCGACAGAGCCGACCGGUUGGCCAAGCAACAGAAACGCUUGCCUGGGAUAAGUAUCAGAGGCCCCCUUGAGCCGUCUGAUCGACUCGUGGAUCGUUGCGUGGCGAUCUAUGAGGAAAACCGACUUGUCUAUGUUGAGCUUUCAGCCUGCACCUCUAAGGAAGACGAAAUCAAGCAGGCCACGCUCAAGGAGGACCGGCAUCUUGUCGUAGAAAGCGGGGGAAAUGUUCGACUCAAAGGCUUGGUGAACAACAAGAUGGAUGCAGACAUUUCCUCUGAUUUGCUCAUGCGGUAUGCUCUUACUAGGCGUGGCCUAGCGAUGGAGCAAGCGGGAAUCAUCUCUUAUACACUGCAUGAUGCCUGGACUGAGCAACUGCUCGCAUGCCGCUUCCGAGAACCUCCGACAGGGUACAGUCGCGUUUCCUUGCAGCAGGUCAUCCACGCCGACAGACAAUUCUUCAUCAAGCUUGCCGAGCUCACCCGAGAGGGAAUACAGCUUCAGGCGACGGGUAGACCAUGUGAUGUGCACUUCGAGACAGCUCGUAAUCACCCAGAUGUGGCGCACCUAAUGCAACCCCUUCUUGCAGCAGUGCCAAGGCCCGACCCCGCAUGGACACCCCGCAAGGGCGAUGGCAAAAAUGGCAAGGGAGGUAAAGGUCAUAAGGGUGGCAAAGGAAAGCGAGACACCACUGCCAUCACUGCUGCGAUGCCUAAGGAGAUUGCGGCUGACAGAUUGCCCACUCCAGAGGAGAUUGAAGAGCUCGUUAGCCUCUUGCCACACGGCGAGUUGACCGGCGAACGUGGGAUUGCGGCGAAAUUGCAAAGCUUUCCCAAGCACGACAAAGCCGUUGCGCGGCACCAUGGUUUGGCUUGCCCCGACGUGGCGUUGUCAUCCACGCCAGUUGGUGUUGCCCAGCAGAAGCGAGGCAAGCCUGAAGCUUCGCUACUGCCCGAGUUCGGCAAGGUCUUGCAGGUGGAUGUCGAUCAGGUUCCGCCAGUGAACCACAAGCAGUGCCUCAUACGUCCGUUGGGCGAGGUGCCAGCAGGAUCCAAACUCAUCGCCACAUCUCUUCUCAGGGGUGAUGCGGGUGGCGAUGCGGGUAACGAAAGUAAGAAAUUUCGCCUUUCUUUGGGAGUCUUUGCCACACCAGAUGAGUUCGUUGAUGCGGCUAAAGACUUGCUACAUCCUUUUGCUGCUUCGGCUGUUCUGUCGCCUAUUGUGAAAAGGCGACUGUUCGAAGCCUUGACCAAAGGCCCGGAAUGGGUUCAGCGACAACGGUGCUCCAAGUUGAAAUUGUGGCUUAGCUGGGCCAAAGAACUGCAAAUUGCCGAAGGAGAAAUGAAAGGCAAGCUUGACCCUGACAUUGGCCGUGUGCUUCGAGGCAAGCGCUUGUUGCUCCUGAAGCGUAUUGCUGAUGAUAUGGACUGGCCUGACAAGGAUUGGUUGAGCGAGCUCUUAGAAGGGUUUGACUUAGUUGGUAGUCAGAAGCACACCGGGGUCUUCAAGCGAGAGUUGCGACCACAGGCGAGGACCAAGGCUGAUUUUCUUGAUGCUAGCAAGUUUUUGCGCCCGGCACUUCUGGGCAAGGUUGCCUCUGAGGGUCUGAACGAGCAUUCUCAGGAACUUUGGGACAAGACCUUUGAAGAAGUGACGGACGACCUUCUUGAAGGGAUUCAGUUUUCAGAUUCACAAAUCAUGGGACGUACCGGCAAAUUGGCUUUGGCCGAGUUGCGAGCCUCGUCGGCUAGGCACGCCGACAAGUUCCGUCUUGGCGAGCAGGAGGUCAGGGCCUUUGAUUUCUUGGUCAGUCGACUGUCCUUUGGUGCUCCUAGGGUUGUGCCCUGUUCGGUUCCCCCGAAACCGAUUCUCGUCUUUACCGAUGGCGCCAGCGAAGGAUCUGUCCACACAGUAGGGGGAAUCAUGCUUGACCCGCGAGAACAACAACCGAAGUACUUUGCUUGCCAUGUGUGCAACAGUGUCGUCUCGACUUGGUCCCGGGACCUUCAGCACAUCAUAGGUCCAGUCGAGGCCUACGCCGUGCUCACAGCGAGAAAGGUCUUUCAUCAGUCACUGUCGGGACGAUAUUGUGUGUACUUCAUCGAUAACGACGGUGUGCUACUUAGCUACAUCAAGGGUACGUCUUCUAGCAAACCGAUGCGAGAUAUUUUGCUGAUGUGGGAGUCCUUAGAGAUGCAUGCUCACACGUGGGCUUGGUGGGCUCGUGUGCCAUCCGCUUCGAACCCAGCCGAUGCGCCGUCAAGAGGCGAGCUGGAUGAACUUGUCAAGUCUGGGGCAUUGCGUGUGGUUUGUGAUUGCCCGCUUACCGGUACAAAACUUGUCGACUUGUAA